AUGGCGGACGCUGCGGACUCCACGCCUGACUACGGCAUUGUGAGGCUCAGAACGCUGGCAUUCCUGGACAAACUCCUAACCGACUUCAGGGGGACGCUGUCCCCCCGACAACCGACACCCGCCCUACAAACCUCGCAAGUGCACCUACCUAAACUCGCUCCCCAGCAGCCUCAGAAGAGGCAAAGCACAAAGGAAGCACGAAAACGGCGACAAAGACCGGGUCGGUGGAGCACAGAGGGCAGGAAGCACAGGCCUGCAUCAGACAGUGGAGCCUAUGGAGCCAGCAGCCAGAAGGACAAGCAGAAUGAAGCAGGGAGACGAGAGCAGGGGAUACAGAAGAAGACACUAAACAUCAUGGACACUGCAUCGACCUUGUUUGGGUCACUACGCCUCAUAACUCAUCCCAAUACCUGGUACUGUACUCUGUCCAUGAUGGGCAUAGGCUGA